UCGUUUCUGUGCGACAUGCAGACCGAAUCGAACAAGCAGCAUACGAAGGUGUAGCGACGUUAGCAUUACCUAACUAGCUAACGUUGCAAGUCAUCUUAAACUUAACGGUUAACGGAUAUUAACGGAAGGUUUUUAGCAUUCGGCGACGCGGCCGCUUGUUUCCGACAGCGGAAUGAGUUCUGGAUAUGGCGGUCGAGGAGGGAGAAGAGGCAGAGGAGGAGGUCGAGGAUACAGAGAUGGAAGCAGAGAAAGAUCGGACAGAAGAGGCGGAGGAGGGUCGAGUGGACACGGUAACGACUUCGACAAGGACCAAGGCGGAGGUGAACGACUGGACCGCCCUCCGCCUCACCUGAAGGGACGUGAGAUUGGACUGUGGUACGCGAAGUUCGGCGCCGUGAGGAGGAAGCAGGGGGACCGGAGAUCGCGGGCGGUGGUCCAGAUGGAUGAGGCCAGAGAACAGCAUAUUACCAAGCUGCUCAGCUCUGUCCAAAGUGAUCGCCCUGGUCCAUGGAGAGAUUACAACGAUAUCAGAGCCUCUACGUCUAACAGCCGGCCUACGGCUGCAAGAAGCAGCGGUCAUUGUUACUUUGACGGGGAAAUGUCUGAAGAGGAUAAACAGAAGAUUGAGUUGAAAUCUGAGGAAGAGGAGGAAGACGUUACAGCAGGCCAGAAGACAUCGCAACGUCACUUCCCCCGUGCAGCUGUUAAAGAUGAGGCUCCAGACGCGUGGGAUGAAGAAGAGCAGCAAGAAAAGGAGGAAAAAGAGAUGCUGAGGAGGAAGGACAAGGACCUGGAUUUCCUAUUCCAGGAAGUAGCCAGAGACAACUCACUUGAUGAACGCUUAGAGAGAGAUCUUCAGAGCAAGAAAUCCGAUACCAAGUACAAAGAAAUGCUGAAAUUCAGAGAGAAACUACCAUCUUAUGGCAAAAAAGAGGAGCUGGUUGAGCUUAUCAACUCGAACCGUGUGCUGGUGGUGAGCGGGGAAACUGGGUGUGGAAAGACCACUCAGGUUACCCAGUUCAUCCUGGAUGACUACAUCAACAGAGGCGUUGGCUCCGUGUGUCGUGUGGUCUGCACGCAGCCGCGUCGCAUCAGUGCCAUCUCGGUGGCGGAGCGUGUAGCAGCCGAAAGAGCAGAAAGUGUAGGAAAUGGAAAUUCUUGUGGUUACCAAAUCCGACUGCAGAGCCGGUUACCACGGAAACAAGGUUCAAUCCUGUACUGUACGACAGGCAUUAUUCUUCAGUGGCUUCGCUCAGACCCGUUAUUGUCCACCAUCAGCCAUCUGGUGUUGGACGAGAUCCACGAGAGGAACCUGCAAUCUGACGUUUUGCUCGUCAUCGUGAAGAACAUACUCACCCUUCGAGAUGACCUCAAGAUCAUACUCAUGAGUGCCACGCUCAACGCAGAGAAGUUUUCCAAAUAUUUCAACAACUGCGCAAUGAUCCACAUCCCCGGUCUGACGUUCCCAGUCGAGGAGUUCCUGCUCGAGGACAUCGUGGAGAUGACUAGGUAUUCUCCCCAGAAUCAGGACCGCCGCCCGUCAAGGAAGAGAGGCUUUUGGCAGGGGCGCAACUCCAGGCCUGAGAAGGAGGAGAAAGAGGCGGAGUACAAGGAGAGCUGGCCCACUUAUGCACGCACGCUGCAGGGCAGAUACUCUGACAACACUAUCGAGACACUGGAGAUGUUGGACGAUGACGACAAGAUUGACCUGGAGCUGAUCCUGGCUCUGAUUCGCCAUAUUGUGCUCAAAGAGGAGGACGGAGCCAUCUUGGUCUUCCUUCCUGGCUGGGACAACAUCAGCGGUCUCAACGACCUACUGGUGGCUCAGGAGAUGUUCCGAUCAGACCGGUUCGUGAUCAUCCCUUUGCACUCCCUCAUGCCUACGGUUAACCAGACGCAGGUGUUCAAAAGACCGCCUCCGGGAGUUAGAAAGAUUGUGAUUGCUACCAAUAUAGCAGAGACCAGCAUCACCAUAGAUGACGUCGUUUACGUGAUUGAUGGAGGCAAGAUCAAGGAGACCAACUUUGACACCAACAACAACAUCAGCACCAUGACGGCGGAGUGGGUGAGCCUGGCCAACGCCAAACAGAGGAAGGGGCGCGCUGGCAGAGUGUGUCCAGGGAAGUGCUAUCACCUGUACAAUGGCCUCAGGGCCAGCCUGCUGGACGCUUACCAAUUACCCGAAAUCAUGAGGACACCACUGGAGGAGCUCUGCCUGCAGAUCAAGAUUUUGAAGCUCGGGUCCAUCGCGCAAUUCCUGGAGAAAUCCCUGGACCCCCCCACUACAAAGGCCAUCAACCUGGCCAUCAAGAACCUCACGGGCCUGAACGCCCUGGACCGUUCAGAGAACCUGACGGCGCUGGGUUUCCACCUGGCUCGCCUGCCCGUGGAGCCUCACAUUGGCAAACUCAUCCUGUUUGGAGCUCUGCUGGGCUGCCUCGACCCCGUCCUGACCAUCGCCGCUUCACUCAGCUUCAAAGACCCUUUCUUCAUCCCCCUGGGCAAAGAGAAGAUGGCGGAUAUGAGGAGAAGGACCCUGUCCAGAAACUCCAAGAGUGACCACCUCACUAUCGUCAACGCCUUCCAGGGCUGGGAGGAAGCCAAACACAGUGGAGCCAGGUACGAGAGGGAGUACUGCUGGGACAACUUCCUGUCCGCCAACACACUCCAGAUGCUGCACAACAUGAAGGGUCAGUUUGCUGAGCAUCUUAUGCAUACAGGCUUUAUCAGCAGCAGGGAUCCCAAAGACCCCAAAUCCAAUGUUAAUUCAGACAAUGAGAAGUUGAUCAAGGCGGUGAUUGUAGCCGGUCUGUACCCGAAGGUGGCAACGAUCAGACCUUCCCGCUGCAAGAAGGCCGGGGUCAAGGCGUACACCCAAGCUGAUGGAAAGGUGGUCAUCCACCCGAAGUCGGUCAACGCCGAAGAGACGGAGUUUAACUACACGUGGCUCGUCUACCACCUCAAGAUGAGAACGAGCAGUAUCUUCCUCUACGACUGCACCGAGGUGUCCCCGUUCUCGCUGCUGUUCUUCGGCGGAGACAUCACCAUCCAGAAGGACGAGGACCAGGAGACCAUCGCCGUCGACCAGUGGAUCGUCUUCAGGUCCCCGGCCCGCAUAGCUCACCUCGUCAAAAGCUUAAAGAAAGAGCUGGAUUCUCUGCUCGAGGAGAAGAUCCGCAACCCCGCUCCCGUGGACUGGCAAGACCGCCAGUCCAAAGACUGUGCCGUCAUCACGGCCAUCAUAGACCUCAUCACCACCCAGGAGAAGCCCACCGGCGGCGCCAAGGGCUACGGCCAAACGUGGGCGUCGGCCCCGAGAGGACAGCACACCCGCUUCGAUGAUGAGGACGACGAGGACGAUUAGCUGCGGCCCGGUUUUAAGGCUGGCUUUGAGGAGAAGAGCCUUGAAAAUAAAUUGCGGCACGUUUUGGUCAGUUGGGAUAUUUGACAACCAGCUGGUGCUUCUAAAAAAUAAAAACCACCGGAGAAUAUAACGUACUUAAAUCACUCACUGUAAAUGUAGUUUAUUGGCAUUUGCAAGGACAAAUCUGUCCAAUAUUCAAUCCAGUCAGUAGCCAUUUUGUUCAGUUUGGAUGAACCUUCCUUCUUUUUCCGUCACAAAAUGCACAAUAAAGAAAAGGUCAAUGAUAAAACA